CCUGAGGCGGCUGCGGGGCCGCGCCUUGCUCCGCGCCGCGCCGGGGGCCGGCCGGCCGGGGUCCCCGCUCCCCGCUCGCGGGCUGGCCGGCCCGCCGGGCCCGCCCCGCCCUGCCCUCCGCCAUGGCGGCCGAGAGCGGCAGGCAGUUCUGGAAGAGGAGCGCCAAGCUGCCGGGCAGCAUUCAGCCUGUCUAUGGGGCACAGCAUCCUCCACUGGAUUCCCGACUCACCAAAAACUUCAUCAAGGACCGCUCCAAGGCCAGUGGGCUGCCCAUGAAAAGCAAGAAGGCCUCCAGCUUCCACGAGUUUGCCCGCAGUACCAGCGAUGCCUGGGACAUUGGGGAUGAUGAAGACGAGGACUUCUCCUCCUCCUCAUCCUCUUUACAAACUCUGAACUCUAAAGUGGCCAAGGCCACGGCAGCGCAGGUUCUGGAGAACCACAGCAAGCUGCGGGUGAAGCCCGAGCGGUGCCAGCCUGCCCUCGGUGACCUGCCCACCAACUGCAAGGUCAUCAAGUCCAGCAGUGAGGCCCAGCUCUCCAGGACCUCUGAGGAGGCCUGUGUGCGGAGCCCCCUGCAGAAGCAGCAGUCCCUCCCCCUCCGGCCUGUCAUUCCCCUCGUGGCUCGAAUCUCUGACCAAAACGCCUCCGGGGCUCCUCCCAUGACCGUGCGGGAGAAAACGCGGCUGGAGAAGUUCCGGCAGCUCCUGUCCAGCCACAACACCGACCUGGAUGAGCUGAGAAAAUGCAGCUGGCCUGGUGUGCCCAGAGAGGUCCGGCCUGUAACAUGGAGACUGCUGUCAGGCUAUCUCCCUGCCAACUCGGAGCGCCGGAAGCUGACCCUGCAGCGGAAAAGGGAGGAGUACUUUGGCUUCAUCCAGCAGUACUACGACUCCCGGAACGAGGAGCACCACCAGGACACCUACAGACAGAUCCACAUUGACAUUCCAAGGACCAACCCACUCAUUCCCCUCUUCCAGCAGCCACUUGUCCAGGAGAUUUUUGAGAGAAUCCUGUUUAUCUGGGCCAUUCGCCACCCAGCCAGCGGCUAUGUGCAGGGCAUCAAUGACCUGGUCACCCCGUUCUUUGUUGUGUUCCUCUCUGAGCACGUUGAGGAGGAUGUGGAAAACUUUGAUGUGACAAACCUGUCCCAGGAUGUUUUACGGAGCAUCGAAGCUGACAGCUUUUGGUGCAUGAGCAAGCUGCUGGAUGGGAUCCAGGACAAUUACACCUUUGCACAGCCAGGGAUCCAGAAGAAAGUGAAAGCCCUGGAGGAGCUGGUGAGCCGGAUCGAUGAGCAGGUACAUAAUCACUUUAGGAAGUACGAGGUCGAGUACCUGCAGUUUGCCUUUCGCUGGAUGAACAACCUGCUGAUGAGGGAGCUGCCCCUCCGCUGCACCAUCCGCCUCUGGGACACCUACCAGUCAGAGCCAGAAGGAUUCUCCCAUUUCCACCUGUAUGUCUGUGCUGCCUUCUUAAUCAAGUGGCGGAAGGAGAUCCUGGAUGAGGAAGACUUCCAAGGCCUUUUGAUGUUGUUACAAAACCUGCCCACGAUACACUGGGGUAAUGAAGAGAUUGGGCUGCUGCUGGCUGAAGCCUACAGACUCAAGUACAUGUUUGCAGAUGCCCCAAACCAUUACCGCCGAUAGGUGCCCAGACUGGCUCCUCCCUCCCGUGCCCACCCCUCAUCCUGGCCUGAUCUGAUCACUGUGGCAUUUUUGUCAUCCCAAGUCCUCGGACACUCCAGCCAGGAGCUGCUCCUUGCUGUACAAAGCUCACCUGAACUCUUGUCUUAACUCUGAACGUGUGCCUGUCUGCCACUCCAUGCGCCUGGAUGUGCCAUUUUGACAACUCUCAGUAUUUCACUCCGUGCUGGUGGCUCACGCCAGGAAGGGAGGCUUCAAGGGGCUGAGGGAGAGCAUGGGGGAAGCUUUACAGAUAAACUGAGCUGGAGUCGAAGCUCUCUUGUCCUCUCCACUCCCUGUCCUGGCCUUGUCUGGCUGGGACCACUUUGGCUUUGCUGCCUCCUGCUGACCUGCACCAUCUGCUCCUCGUCUCUUCUGACACUUUUGCGCCAACUCCCAGAUGAAAAUGCCUUAUCAGAGACCUGCCUGGCUGCAGAAUCCUUCCCCCCAAGGGUGGCAGGGCAAGAAGUUUCUCUCAGGGCCUACCUUCGCUCCGAGGGUCCAGAGACCCCCCAAGCACUUUGUGGGUUCACAAGAGAGUCCCUCGUGCCUGCCCUCCCUCCUCCUCUCCAUCCUCUUUGCCUACCUCUCCCCCAGGGCAGCAGGGCAGGCACAAUGGGGGCCACGACCACUCCAUCCACACACACCUGGAAUGACACGUGCCAGCUUAGUGGAACUUUUGGUGACUGCUGUUUUGUGAGUACAGCCCCAUGCAGUGUGUGGGGAAGGCACAGAGAGGGUGCUGGUAGGGGAGCAACAUCUCUCAAAAACCUCCUGACAACGUUCCCACUCCUCCGAGGCGUUCUGUGUAUAUUGUGUUCUUGUGUAUAUGGGUCAAAGAUGUACAAUAUAUGUCUUCUCUUUGUAGCAGAUUUUAUAUUUAUAACAUGAACCCCUUGUUCUCCCCAUCCUCUCCACAUCUAAGAAGGAUGCCUGGCUGUGGUGUUGUAGGGUUUUGAACCCCUCGGGAGGUGGGGGGUGGUUCCAGAGCUGCAGGUUUCUACCCUGACGUGUUCUCGCAGCCCUGGCUCUGCCCAAGGUGUGACAGAAACACAUCUCAGGGCUGGGGCAGGGGUGGAGAUGGCAGCUCCCAGCAGGAGCAAGGGAGAGCCUGCUGGAGACAUAGGGUGGGCAGUGCCUCCCCGGGCCCUGCAGGGCAGGGCUGUGCCAGGGCUGCACUGCAGCAGGAGCAGUCCUGGCUGCAGGAGUGGCUGGGCCCAGCAGCCAGGGCAGCUUCUGGUGCUGUCCCCCACAGCAUCCCUGUGGGCUCCCUGGCUGGGCUGCUGUGGGUGCUGCUAACUCAAACAGCUGGGGGUGUUUCCGUGGGCCAUUCCCUUCCCUGGGCAGAACCUCUGUGCUGUGCCAGGGGCUGGAUUGGGGAAGGCACGAGGGGAUGGGUCUGGGCCACCCUGGGUUUCUCCCAGCACUCCUGCUGGGCCACCAGGGCUUUCCUGGCAGGGAUGGAGAUUCCCAGUCCCUCCACCUUCCCUUUCUGUUCCCACUGGGGAGAAGGCACAGGAGCCAGGCCGGCCGAGCAUGUGACAGGCAGAACGUUGUUGCCAAUAAAACUCCAAACAGUAUCUCAAGAAAUCACCUUCCUAAGGUGGAGUUGCUUUUCUCAGGCAUUUGGACUUCACGUUUGUGUGUGCCUUUUGUUGUUUUUCUCUGAAAAAACAGACUGCUCUUUAGUUUAACAUCAUUUUAAAAAGAAAGAAUUUCAAAAACUCCCCCCAAAAAACAAAACAAACAAAAAAACCCCUACAAACAAAAACAGCACAAGGUGGGUCCUCUCCAUGCAGCAUCCAACUGUGUCACCCAGUGCACAGGGGACACAGGACAUGGUGCAGGCAGGACAAGAAACCCCUUCCUGUGUCACCUCCCUGUCCUUGCUCUUCCACCUG